AUGCGAGAAGGACACGAAACACGGCAAUCAAGUGAUAUCUACAAGGUACCUACGCAAAGCAGACAGUGUCUAGAGACAACUCCCGGCGCCCUGGAUGAGUCUCUACACGAGGCCCGGCUGUACUGGCAUACUUUAGCUGAAACGGCCGUCGAAAACCUAGAGGGUGAUAUAGCCCCACGAGCUCUCCGGGUUAGAGAGUUGUUAAAACGUGUGCCGUCGAUUCCUCACAACCAUGUCCACGAUCGGCAGGCAGCGCUGGCAACGUUCUCGUCCAAUGGAAGAUUGUAUCUGCGAGCACAAACCACCUGGAAAGUAGCAGACGGCGGUGACUGUGGAGUGGGUGGAAAGCAAAAGACGCGGGCCGCUGCCGUCCCAAUCGGCGUACAACGCCCCACGCCUCUCCGUUUUGGGAAUGAUGACUUCUCUGUGGCUGAGCGUGACAUCGACAAACCAGGCGUCCAGUGCAACAUGAUUACCGUGCUUGUCCUCGCUUGGCUGUACAUCUUCUCCGCCGAACUGGUCGAGAGGAUGCAGGGAGGGUCUACGCUGGCGUACACCGACUCUGGAGCCGAGGUAACCUCCUUGGACGAUACUUGCAAUGCGAUAGAUGUUGGCAACGUUGAUGAGAACGCUGCGAGAUCGUGGGCUGCAAUCCUCUCCCCGAGCCCUGUAUGGCGUUCCACUAUCAUGCACAGUGGCUGUAGUCGGUUUCUAUCUCCAUGGUCGACGACUGUGGAUGCUUUUCGCGUAACCUUGCCCACGCACAACUGCUAUGGCAUGGCGGCUACAUUGCCCGACAUCCACGCACAAAGUCACAUAAGAGUACCAGACGCUCAGACACCGAACGCGGACGAGUUAUACAAAGACAUCUCAUAUUACAUGGCCUUGAGCUGCGACUUCCAUGUGGUGAUCUCCAGCAUAUGUGGGGUCUUCUGGGAGCCCAGUGUACCCUGCAACAAGGUCAGCCCUUGGCUACAUCCUGUCCUGCAUGAGCUGCCCGCGGCGCUUGAUUUCACAUCCUCGCCGGGGUAUAUCGAGGUCCUUGCGACUAUUGGCACACCCCCUCUCGAUCCCAGCGGUUCGGCGUGGACUGGCUGUCCACAGUCAUUUUUGGACCUGUCCGGCACGGGCCCAUACGCAGAGCCUUCCGGCUCAGAAGGCCAAAUCACGCGCCCCGAUGCCUGGCGCCUGCUCUACCUCCCCCCCGCGGUUGAGGAUGACCUGCACUACGAGAGUCCCCCCUUCAGCCCCUGGGAGCCUGUGGGGACGACCACCUUCGAGACCUCGGCCAUCAGGGUCCGAGUUCAUCGUCACUGCCCCCGCCACCGGCUCGUGUACCGCUGUUGGUCCUGGCUUCGACAGGAUGGCCUAUGGACGGAUGAUGCCGGUCUCGAACCCGACCGUGGUUCAGAUGACGGAGGUGUGGACGCGCGAUGUUUGCCCGUACAAGAUCCCGAGCCGCUGGAACCCGGUAACAAGAUCAAAAUCCCUGUUCGGCCGCUCAUAGACCAGGAUGCGUCCAUCGCGGCAUCUUGCGAGGUCUUCGGCUGGGUGAUGCGCAACUGUGAAGGCUUACCGCCUGAAAGCAUAUUCCGAGACAAAUGGCUGCAGGAUGAAGACGAGGAUGAUGAGAGCGAGUCGUUCCACUCCGCGGAUUGCUCUGACCCUAGUGAUGCUUGCUGCUGCUAGAAUGAUGCCAUCCAGCAUACGCGAGUAGGGAGAAAUGUUCGAGAUUGGUUAGCUGAAGCUGAGUAAGGACCCCAUGACGGAUACUGGUUUUAUCAGGUUUCGUUACAAGAAAAGUCCAUGCCCAGCGAAGCGGAUAUUUGCUAAGUACUUCAUUAGUGAAGACAGGACCCUUGUAGCUUUGAACUGCAGGGGGGUUGGUUUAUACCUCGUCACUACCGUCCACCCACCCCGCGAGUCGAGCUUGCCGACCUGCCCUUGCACAGGAUAAAUGUCAUGUAUACC